GGUUUUGUCUUCGGGGUUUCCACCGGGUGACAGACUUCCUCAUCCGCCUGUCCGCCCCUGCUCCGAAAGCUGAGACGAUUUGUUUGACCUGAUUUUCAACCUCCUCCGUGGAGCCAUCAUUCUGUUGUUUGUGUGUGUGUGGUUGUGUGUCGGGGGGGAGCAUUACAGCAUGUGUCGGACUUUGGAUUCAUGUUGUUGUCUUAUGAUUGCGGAAGCCUGAAGCGAUCCGCGCUGCCUCUCCGUGAAGCAGCCCGCUGGAAACGAAACUCUGAGAGGCGCAGCGCGAUCGAUCGACCGACCGAGCGACCGACCUACCGACCUCACUAUGCUCAGCUCUUUCACACCUGUUUGAGAACAAGAGAUGGACGGCGAGAGAAGCGAUGGAGGCGAAGGAGGAGAACCGGAGGUGGUGGAUGAGUUCGCGUGCGCCGGGAUGCUGCGUGGAUCUCUGAACUCCCUGCACGGCACCGUGGAGAGGAUCUUCGGGGUGACGUUCGACAUCGGGGUGGACGAUGUGUCUCAAGGCAACAACGGGCAGAUAUGGCUGAAACUACGAGGGGAGAGCAGCAGUGUGAAAUCCGCCAAAUUAUUUGUGAAGGGACUUGUGAACCAGGAGGAGCAGCAGGAGGUUUCCUACCCCGACGUUCUUCACUGCGUCUUCUGCGGAGCCAGAGGGCUGUUCAUGGACUGCCUGAUAAGAAACACCUCGGCGCAUAUCGUGGUCGGCUCUAUAGGAUCCCUGCUUAUAUCAGGUCUUGCAGAGCCCGUAGUGCGAGCCUACUCCCUUAUUACAGACCUGGUGGACAGGUACAAGGGCACACAGUCCAGACGCUCUGAGACUGGGGACAGAAGCUCAGGCGAGUCUUUGGAUUCACGUCGGGCCUUCAAAACUCUGGUGGAGAAAUGGGAAGACAGGCACAUCUUGGAUCUGCUGGUGUUACCGGGUUCAGUGAAGGAAAUUCUGCUGGAUUUGGUGAAAGAAUCGGGGCUUGGAUCAAACUCCAGCUGGGCACUGAGAGAUGGAAAUGCAGAGGGAAGGUCACAUGGGAAUUCGGAGGGUAGAUGGGACAGCACUACUGAUCGGUGGGUUGAAGGGAUGACUGCAGUGUCGCAGAGCAAAAACCCUGCAACCAAAGACUCCUUGUUCCAGUCUUUCCUUACAUCUGCAGGCGCCCGAGGGAGAGCAGAGGGUGCUGAGGAAGGACUCGUGCAUUCUCCGCAGGAGGUGGGACAAGAGGAGCGAGAUACCAAAGUGACAGAGGGAUUAGGGAAGGUGGAUGAACAGAAACUUCAGUUUUUGCUGCUUUUGAAGUUCUUCACAGCUAUGGGGUACACGGAGGACGUCGUGAAACGAGUCCUCGCUCGAACGGGACCCAAAGAGGCCUCGCAGAUACUAGACUUGGUUCAGCAGGAGCAGGAUCGCAGUGAUCGGAUGCAGAAAAUUAAGUAUCUCCAAGACCAGGAAAAUCAAGACAUCAUUGGGUUCGAUCAGAGCGGGAGGAACCGACCGUGCGAGACGGAGCACAGAGAGGAUGAAGAAAUGGCAGUCGGAGGAGGAGUUAUGGUGAUAACUAAUAAUGUAGAGGGGCUGGAUGUUUGUGAGGGAGAGGAGCAUGGAGCGGCAGGAAGCACGAGACACUCUGAGGGAAAGGUUAGCGAAGUGGAAAAGGAGAAAGGACAGGAGGAGGACUUUGUCCUGGGAGUGUUGAAGAAAGCUGCAGCCAGCUGCGGGUACAUGGAGCAGAAAGUAGCCAAAGUCUACAACAUGCUGCCCGAUCAAUCCACCCACCAGCUGCUCCUGGAGCUGCAGAGAGAUGAGAGCAACAAGACGAGCGACUUAAGGGAGGGACUGAGAGAGAUGGAUGAUGUGCUUGUGGAGAAAGCAGCACCAAAAGUUGAACCAGCAGCUGAUGAAGAAAGAGGAGAAAUUGAGCUUUUCAUACCUGCAGAAAAGAGAGAAACUGAUGACAAAGAGCCGGGGGCAGUGCCAAAACUAACUGCUUCAGAGCCAGAUCUGUUUCCUUGGAUGAACAAGCCCCAGCAGCCUACCACAAACAAACACACCUCUCAGCCAAAGCGACAGCAGACUCCCCAACAAACCAUCCUUCCUGAAGUGAAAGGGCCACCCAUGUCUACUUAUUCCUCAUCCUUAGGUCCUCCCCAUGCCAAUUUCCAAACCCUCUACUGGCCUAACCCUCCCACAUCCAAACAAAACCAUCCAGCCUUAGACAACGUCUUACAUCCAAGUCCUCAGUCUUCGAACUCCUUAAAGCAAACACUGCAAGCUACUCAACCCCUCAUCUUCCCGGGCAAAGAAUCACCUCCCACCAGAGGGAGGGCCAACUCUUCAGUGGUGGUGACAGGCGAGCAGCGGUUCCUGGAAGGCCUGCAGAAGCCCUUUGACCUCCAGCUAACGGACAAGCCUGGAGACUCGAAUCUCAGGGCAAUCAUCAUUGACGGGAGCAACGUGGCCAUGAGUCACGGGUUGGGUCAUUUUUUCUCCUGUCGUGGGAUCGCCCUCGCCGUCCAACACUUUUGGGACCGAGGCCAUCGCAACAUCGUCGCCUUCCUGCCUCAGUGGAGACAGAAGAACGACCCCAAAACCAAAGAGCAGCACUAUCUAGGUGAGCUGCAGAAGCUGGGCCUGCUCUCCUACACCCCGUCCAGAGACUUCCAGGGCAAGAGGAUCAGCUCGUACGACGACAGGUUUAUGCUCCAACAUGCGCAGAAGGCAAACGGAGUGAUCGUAACUAACGACAACCUGAGAGACCUUUUAGAUGAGUCGCCUGUGUGGAGGGACAUCAUCAAAAAGAGGCUUCUCCAGUACACGUUUGUCGGGGAUCACUUCAUGGUGCCGGACGACCCGCUGGGCAGAGGUGGGCCUCACCUGGAUGACUUCCUACGCGCUGAGCACAGGACUCCUGAUCCUGGAAACCACUCCUUUGCCGGCAUAGCCACUGCUUUUCCUUCCUCCAAACCUCCACGCUCCCAAACUGAGGUCCUGAACUACCGCGACCGAACACCGGGUGGAGCUCUGGAUGCGGGACGUGGAGGGGGCCGGGGCAGAGGGGGCGGGCACGGGAAAGGAUGGGACUUCGGGCACCGGCAAAAGAAGUCCGGAGCUUCAGCUGCAGUCAGGAGUCCAGAGGCAACAGCCAGCUUGAGAGAGCAGCUCUGUCAGGUUUUUGCUGGCCAGGACAACAUGGUGGCGCUGGUGCUGCAGUGCCACCCGGCAGAGACGGACAUCAAUGUGCUGUCUGGUCUGAUCUUGGAGCAGUAGAAGGACUAGGCGUCUUUCAGCCUUGUUGUUUUCCCCGGGUUAAGGAUUAUAGUUGUGUUCCCCUACCAAAGCAACUACAGACACACUGGCUAAUCACUGAUGUGCAUUAACAAGGAUUUUAUGAAAAGACCAACACGCUUUCUUCCAUUUGAACACAGAUUCUUGGGUUCAUGUAUUGCUGUUUCUCUCCCCAUCAUCUGGUGGAUAAUUUUACUUUAAAAGUCAUGUGUUUUAAAGAUCAGAAGCCACUCUCCUGUGUAUACUUUAAUAUCCAGAGCAGAAAUGUCCCUGUAAUUGUGAUUCUGCAGAGCGUCUAACAAUGCUAAGCAGGUUAGCCAUCCCUUUUUGUAAUUUAUUUGGAAAAUUAGUUUUUAGAAGUGGAGUUGAACUAAUUUUCCCUGUCGUCCAGAUGAUCCACUUAUUUGUGCGUAGUUGUUGCUGGAGACUUCCAAGUAACAGCCCCCAUUUGACCACUUUGUCCUCGUGGGUCCUUCUAUUCUCCCUCAGCCUCCUGUGUUGAUCCUGUUCAGGUGAAAGGACCAAACUUUGGUCCGUCAUUUGCCGCUAGUCCGCCCGCUAAUGUGAGCAUUUAGCUCAAGAUCAUCUUCACAGGGCAGGCUGGCAUGGCUGCACACCCUGUAGUCUUAGCUUGUUCUACCACGAUUACAAGUAAGAUCAAUGCAUGAUGACGCUUGCAUCCUCCCCAGUGGCGUUUUAGCGGUUUGACGUCACCGGCCCUCCUCCGGUGAACCUCUUGGAGAACCGCUGUGCAGCCGAUAUGCAUAGAUUUUCUUGUUUUCUUGUUGUGGAGUCGAGGAAGUAAUUGUGCUUAAAUGUGCCAACAAUCCGUUUUUUUCAUCGUCAUACUAAAUUGAUUGUAACCUGCUAAACUUCAGCCUGAACAGCCUGCUGUGUGUCUGUGGGGGGCACACGGGUAACACUGAGUGGAGGUUUUGUAUGACGUGAUUUGCUGCACCAGCUGUGGGGGUGGUUUUCAUAUUGCUAAUGUCAGGAUAAUACUAAACCAAGCCUUACAACGUUCUGUACACUCAGUUUUAUACUUAUUUGUGUUGUUUUUGUGUGUAUAUUAUAAAAUUCUGAUGUUGAACUCUGCCCGUGCUCAUGUAUUAAACUAUUUCUUGAUUCGGGGGAUUUAAAAAGAAAAAAAAAAAGUUGUAGCUGGUCUUUGAAGUGUUUCCGUGGUAACCUGUGUCUCUGAAUGUCAAGAACCAUCAGAUAAAAAAAUCAUGUCAACGUAACAAAUUAAAA